AAACUUAUUAAAAUAAUAGUUUUAGUUAUUUUUGUUGAGAAAAUAGCUAAAGAUUGUCUCUUGAUCGAUCAAAAGAUCAAUCAUUUUAUUUCUUUGAUUUUCUCUUUUGAGGUUGACGUUGUUACGAGGUUUAACAAUUAUUAUUUCAACCGUGUAAAUCCUACCGUUUCGAAUUUCUUUCUUUUCCUCUGUCGAUCCUUGUUUGACCAAAAUUGGCCAACUGUCCACAAAAUCGAUUCGAAACUUAGUUCCGACAGCCUGCGCAUGCUUUGUACAAUCAGACAACCGAUGGAAGAGAAAAAGCGGGAAUGGAAAGAAAAGUACAUUAUGUGGCGGCUGGCUGUUUCAUCUGUCGUGUGAAUUUAUGUUAAAAAGCAAAAUGGCUGAAUUGUGGCGAGAUAAGGAAAUUCAGGUGCUCUUAAUGCAACUAACUCUUCUUAACGAGACUUAUCCAUUACCACAUGAACUUGAGCAUAUAUUCAAACAGCCCGUUUUGACAAAUGAAUUGACAUCUUCACACAUCAUCUACUACCUUUGUACAGUAAUAAAUAGAAACGAAUUUAACAAACUGAUAACUUGGCCAUUGAAGGACAAUUUAAGCAAGUCAAAGUUCAGGAUUGGACUAAGAAAGUUCAUAAUUUUAAUAAAUAAGAGCCAAGGAGAUGUCAAAUUACCACUGAUAUUACAAACUGUACUCAUGAAACCAAAAAGCUCGCAAUACAUAUCAUUUAUAUUUGAGCUGGCAUCAUGCACUUUUGAAUAUUAUCUAAUAAACAAGUUAGACAUUUACAACAUUCCAAAGCUUCCUCUAGAUGACUACCCAGAUGUUUUUUUGAUGAAAAUGCAGAGUAGUAUUUACUCUUAUGCCACUGAAAAAGUAAAAGAAAAUAGUAAAUUAUGUGUAUUAGAUAAGCUUAAAUCUGAGAACCAACUUUUGGACGAAAACCUUGAGCGAGCUACUUCUGAAUUGUUAACACUACUUGCAGAUAGAAUUCCUAAUGUUAGUGAAUCUAGUCUUAACACUGAUGCAUCAUAUGACGCAUUGAUGAAUUGGGAAAAUGAGAUUAAACAAUUGAAACAAGAAAGGCUGAAAUUACAAGACCAGUUAGAAGAUGGACUAAGGAAUUUAAACGAUUUAAAAAGCUUCAACAGAAGAAACGUAUUGUGCAUAGAUGGAAUUGACCUUUGCGUUAAAUUCAACAAAAUCGUUUUACCAAGAGUGUGCCAGAAUAAAAAUGUAAAACUUAUCAUAAACGGCAAAGUAUCUCUGGAGGGCAUCUUGGCCGCAGAAGAAUUAAUCCUCCAAAUGAUAUGCCAGCUAAUCUCUUUUUCUGAUACUUCCAGUUUUUCAGAUUUACAGCCAAAGUUAGAAUCGGAGUUGGAAAAUAUAAAAGGCUUGACAUCAAGUUUGGCAGAAAUUUAUGAUUUGUUCAGAAGCAGGAUCAACCAAAUACAGAAUAAUUCGUUGAAAUUGUUUCAUGAAAUUAAAGAGAAUAGUGAUACGAGUAAUCAGAGGCUUUCUUUAUUGUGUAAAAGCUUCAAUUUAGAAUUGGAAAAUGAAGGAGAUGAUUGCAGUCUUAAUCUUUCAUCCAUCACAAAUGGAGGCAUGUUGGAGUUUUUAAAAGAAACGAAGCAAAAAUUGCUUGAAGACAAAUCGCAAAGCGGCCAACUUUCAGAUAUUGAAAAUUUAUCAUCGGUCCAGUCUGACAAAGUUGGGACGCAUAGUAGCGAAGUGUCACAACAUUCAGCCGUAGACUCAUUUAAUUGUAACGAGGUAUCAAAUAAAACAAGAAAGUGGAAACUGAGCAAUUUGCAGAACAGCUGUACUUCUCCUCUCGCCAGGUCUGUUUUAGAGAAGCAAACCUGGGAUUCUCCUUUAUCAUCGACAAUUCAACAACCUCUUCAAUCUUCAUCACCACUGUCAUAUAAUGGUUAUAUACAGAGCGAAUCAUUAAAAAACAUGAUUGAAACUGAUGAAUCCUUUGAGAAAAGCAUAAACAACUCAUUUUGGGAAGAGUCGAACGACACUGAAGAAUCAGAUGGCAGCUUCGUGAAGUUUCCACCUGCUGUCCCACUGUCAGGUAGACUUUCUCUUACAAAGAUAAUAAACAAGUACCAAGACAUAAAGAGAAGAAUAAUAAUGAAUGAUUAAAAAGUUAAAUAUUAAAAAGGUUGUUGUAUUGUAUUGUUAAAAAUAAAGGAUUUAAAAAAUUA